GUUCAAAUGUCGUCUCACUGCAGAACAUAUAUAUAUAGGUUCACAUAUUAUGGAAAGCAGAUGAGACAAAGUUCGUCAUGUUACGAUUCGAAGUGGUUGUGUGCUUUUUUUUGGCUAUUGUUGUAGCAGAUGCAUACCAAACAUGUGAGAGGGUCCAGAAUGUGUUCAAUGUGUGCCAUAGAGGUGGUAUUUUGAGUGAGGUAACAGAACAGUAUCGCACAAAACGAUUGAUAAUCCAGGAUGUGAAUCUAAUGUCUAUCCAAGCCGGUGCUUUCAAAAAUCUAGCAAUUGAAAUACUGUACAUACGAGGACAACAUCGUCUUUCAAUUCUCGAGCCUAGAUCAUUCAGUGGCUUACCAAACUUGAAGGCACUUAAUUUCAAUGACAACACAAUCACACUGAGAACUAAUUUAUUUGAAGAGCUGACUGAUUUAAGAAUCUUGAGAUUAACUGGUAAUAACAUAAACAUUAUACCAGUCGGAACAUUCAAUGGACUGUCCAAGUUGUCAGAAUUAUACCUGGACCAAAAUAAUGUGUCAAUAACAACUCCGAAUACAUUUACUGGACUUUCAUUACUGCAUUUGUUUUUGAACAGAAAUAAAUUAGCUAGCAUUGUUCCAGGGUACUUUGCAGGCCUGAAUGAAUUGCGUAGUCUACAUCUAGGCUAUAAUAAUUUGAGGGAAAUGCGUACUAACACUUUUAAUGGCUUGAAUAAGCUUAAAUAUUUAAACCUCAAUGACAACAAAAUUGGAACGAUCCAUGCCGGUGUUUUUAAAAGACUGAAAAAACUGACAGAACUAAACCUUGAGAAUAAUGUGAUAUCCGAUAUCGGGCCUGGUGCAUUUAAAGGACUGUUAGCACUGAAAACCAUAAACCUAAACAAUAAUAAAAUUGUCACCCUACCGAACAAUUUGUUCUAUGGACUCACUCAACUGGUAGACGUGUACAUGCUCAAUAAUUAUAUGACCAAAUUCAACAAAGCUGAACUGCAGUUGCCAUAUUCUGCAAGAAUCCAUCGCUGAGAGUUUCAAGAAUUUGACGAAUGCAUAAUAUUUUAUACAAUUUCAAUUUUAAAUAUAAUCAUGCUUUGAAUGUCACAUUUCAUUUCUGACAUCCCUCAAAGUUGUAUAUCAAA